CUACUCAUCCAUGGCUGUGUGAGACAACGAGACACCUCCCCUCAGUUCAACGCCAGCCCCCAACAGCCUCUCGGUGCGGGGGGACUUUAUGCAUGUGAGGUUCUGCACGUAGCAUUCAGGCUUUCAGGAAUCCAGCCCUUCUCACCCCCAGAAGGCCGACGGUGCGCAGAAGGUCCGAGGUCCGAGUACCCUCAGCGUUCACCUCAACUGAUCCAGAGUCAGAGGACCGAGCCGCAAGGGGGACACACUUCUGCCGCAGGAUGCUCUCGUUCAGGAUGGAGCUGCCGUGUUUAUGUUUACUGUUGCUGAGCUGUCUGCAGUCGCUGUCAGCCAACCAUGACUUCUUCACCUCCAUCGGCCAGAUGACAGAUCUGCUGUACACAGAAAAAGACCUGGUCACCUCUCUAAAGGACUACAUCAAAGCGGAGGAGAACAAGCUGGAGCAGGUCAAACGGUGGGCUGAUAAGUUGGAUUUGUUGUCAGCCACAGCCAUACUGGACCCCGAGGGCUUCCUGGGGCACCCGGUCAAUGCCUUCAAACUGAUGAAGAGGCUGAACACAGAGUGGGGGGACCUGGAGAGCCUGGUGCUCAGUGACACCACUGACGGAUUUAUUUCCAACCUGACGAUCCAGAGACAGCACUUCCCCACAGAUGAGGAUCAGACCGGGGCGGCUAAAGCUCUCCUCCGCUUACAAGACACCUACAGACUGGAUGCCAACACCAUCUCCACAGGAGACCUGCCUGGAGUGAAACACAAGAGCCUCAUGACAGUGGAGGACUGUUAUGAGCUGGGGAAAAUCGCCUACUCUGAUGUCGAUUACUACCACACAGAGCUGUGGAUGGCCCAGGCCCUGAAACAGCUUGACCGGGGAGAGGAGUCAACGAUGGAUAGGGUCACACUGCUCGACUACCUCAGCUACUCCAUCUACCAGCAGGGGGACAUAGAGCGAGCCCUGGAGUUCACCAAGCAGCUGCUUGCACUGGACCCAGAGCAUCAGCGCGCCAAUGGCAACCUGAAGUACUUCGAGUUCCAGUUGGAGAAGCAGAAAAAGGCCGAGGAGGACAUAACUCAAAAAGAGAAGGAGGGAGGGAAAAAAGAAACGACUAAGAAGGAGAAGUCCAAAAAGAAGGUCUCAAUUCCACAGGUGCCAGAGAGGAAGAAGUAUGAAAUGCUUUGUCGUGGGGAGGGCAUUCGAAUGACCCCGCGGAGGCUGAGCCGGCUCUUCUGUCGUUACUAUGACAACCAUCACAACCCCAUGUAUGUGCUGGCACCUGUCAAACAGCAAGAUGAGUGGGACCACCCCUACAUCGUCCGCUUCCUUGACAUCAUCUCCGACAAAGAAAUGGAGAGGGUCAAGCAACUGGCCAAGCCACGACUACGCAGGGCCACUAUCUCAAACCCCAUCACAGGAGUGCUGGAGACAGCGCCAUACCGGAUCAGCAAAAGGCGAGCCACGGUGCAUGACCCCCUAACCGGGAAACUUUCCACGGCCCAGUACAGAGUCUCCAAGAGUGCGUGGCUCACUGGCUAUGAAGAUCCAAUGAUUGACAAGAUCAACCAGAGAAUUGAGGACCUCACAGGGCUGGAAAUGGACACUGCAGAAGAGCUGCAGGUUGCAAAUUAUGGCGUCGGAGGUCAAUAUGAGCCUCACUUUGACUUUGGAAGGAAAGAUGAGCCAGAUGCCUUUAAAGAGCUGGGCACCGGGAACCGCAUCGCAACGUGGCUCUUCUAUAUGAGUGAUGUAGCAGCAGGUGGAGCCACAGUAUUUCCAGAUGUCGGUGCAGCAGUUUAUCCCCAAAAGGGCACUGCGGUGUUCUGGUACAAUCUGUUUCCCAGCGGGGAGGGAGACUACAGCACCCGACAUGCUGCGUGUCCAGUGUUGGUCGGCAACAAGUGGGUAUCAAACAAAUGGAUCCAUGAACGAGGCCAGGAGUGGCGGCGGCCUUGUUCCUUAAAUGAAACUGACUGAUGGAAAAGAGAAAACCUCCUCGGCCCCCUCUCUCUCUCUCUCUCUCUCUCUCUCUCUCUCCUUCCUCCUUGUGAACCACCCAGGACCAAAGAACACUGCAGCAGAUCAGACACGAUACAAACACGGGGGUCCAAACGGCUCAUUCCCUCUCCACAAACACUUCCCUUUUCCCCGCUCCAGCCGUUCUGCUCUGAGCCCAGAGAUCGUUUUGGGUUCAUGUCGAGCCCCGGGGCAGUUUGAGCAUCACUAUGACAGAUAACGUAUGUUCUUAUGAUUGUUGGAUGGUUUGGAGGAACGCCCUUUUCACUCCAAUGUGUCCGUCUUUGCACUCUGUUUGAACUCUUCUCUCCGAGGCGAGGUUAUCCUUCAGCGGUGACUUGAGGGACCAGCGUCCUCCCCGUCAGUGUGAACCUUAAAGGAACAGCUCACCCUUUUUUAACCCUAAGCAGAGCAAUCGGGCCUGUGUUGUUGUUGUUGUUGUUGUUGUUUUACAUUUGAAACUAUGGAAAUUCAUUGGGGUUGCACACUAUUUCUUUGUAAAAUUAUUGUCCACCUUCAAAACUGUUUAUUAUGUUGUUUAAUAAUAGUAUGAGAGGGAUUGAAUUAACAUACAGUAGGUUCACUGCAUGUCUUUUCUUUCCUUUAUUCACAUGUUGUAGCAAUGUCUGCAUCCAAUAACUUUGUUUAACAUGUAAAAACCAAAGUAAGUGCUUGGUAUAAGGAAUGAAAAGACAAAAAAAAAUCUGACAACAAUUCAGUGUAGUGUUUUGUUUUGUUUGAAAGAAACCCUUCAUAGUCAGUUAAUAUCGCACGGCUACAGCGACGCGGUAUAUUCACAUAACGUGUUUGUCUGCCUCAAAAGACGAGUGCUCUUUUUAUUUUUUUUCAAGUCAUUUGAAUGGUCACACGAUAUAUUUUUAGACGUGUUGUACUUGAACAUAGGGUGAUUACAAAUGCACGGGCACACUUAACACCUGGACACGGACACAGUUACGUACACCUCGAUAUAGAAUUUAGUAUUGGCUCGUCCUGAUUGUACCAGCGUUGUGUGAGGACCCAAACGACCACCGGAUGACUGCUGCCGUGGAAAUAGUAAUAGAGCACCAAAGGAACAAUAGUAAUGGACAUUAGGAAAAGGAAGAGGGGACUGGACACGCCCCCUUGUGCCAUGACGGGUUCAGAUACACAGUUGUUUUACAGAGUGAAUGAUUCUGAUAGUUUUUUAGUGGUGUCCAGUGCUUUUCAGUGUGAGGAAUAUAUGUUUUCCAAGGAAGAAACAUUUUAUUUAUAUGCCCCAAGACAAUGUUGUGUUAUUUUCUUGUCUUAAAUGAAAGUCUGAAAUUGUUUGUGUUUUUUCUACAAUAAAGGCUAUUUUAUUGAUCUCAA